UUUGUAUCUGAUCGCAACCAAAUUUUCAGGAAUCCUAACUACAAUAAUAAUUAUUGUAUAUACCAAAAUUCGCAACUAGCUUUAAAAUUACGCUUGUUAUUCGAUUUUUUUGAUUUGCGGGGGCGGAAGUGGGACGGACGGACGGACAGACACACAGACGGACAUGGCUUGAUCGUCUCGGCUGUUGACGCUGAUCAAGAAUAUAUAUACUUUAUAGGGUCGGAGAUGCCUCCUUCUACCUGUUACAUACAUUUCCUGCCGGCACAAAGUUAUAAUACCCUUCUACCCUAUGGGUAGCGGGUAUAAACAUUGGAAGGCUCUUAGCGUUGCUUUUGCUUUUGAACGUCGAUCAAGUACAAACGUGGGUGGAAAUGAAAUCAACUCGUUGCAGGCAACAUGCAGCAUGCGCGCUGUGACGUUACAAUUGCAUGCUCUCUUAAGUUUCUCUUGCUGUCUUCAAGAGAGCGCUUUUGAUCACUAAAUGUGUGCACGAUUUUCGUCAGUUGAGCUGCAACUUUUGAAGUGGAAGCAUCACGCGAUUCGCGCGGUUUACGGCAGAAGCGACAACUACAACAACGCUGCGCAAGCACACUCAAGUGCACAUGUAUUGGAAGUGAUAAAAAAAUUCAGCACCCAGCCCUUAAUGCGUCGUGCAAAUCCACCAGCCCCUAGUCCUGAGUUAACAACUGUUCAGGAUGACCUGUUUGAAAGGAGGUCGACUGCUGCCACGAUUGUUGAUCGCGAGCCUGAGCGUCUUGCAGCAGCAGAGAUUUCGGCACCUAAGCCUGACUUUGAGCGUCGCUCGAAUCCGCCUAAACCGACAAAACCAACAAGUGGUGUACAUCUGGGUCUCGAACCCUCACUUGCUGCCCGAUUGCCCGACAUAGACUCGUCGAUUGGCAGCAGACGCGUGAAUUAUGUGCGUAGAUCUCCAAGGAACAUACAAACGCCAAUGCAACCAACUUCGUUGACCGAUGCCACGUUGCCCAAGUCGACAGUUUUCGUGAGACGACCAACGGUUGUUCCCGUUCCAACAACUAAUGCGAAGACUCAGCGCCGAUCGAGUCUUCCGGCACCUGUUGCUUUAGAGGAGGCGCGCAAGAAGUUGGCGGCAUUGGCGGCUACACCGGAAACAACACCUGCUUCACCAUCUGAUUGCACUGAUCCACGUGGUCGCAGUGGAAGCUAUGCCACCCAAAUACCACCCAAGGCAAGUGUGUCGCCCAUCCAAUCGAGUGCGAAAGGUCCGACGACAAGUUGGCCCCGAAAGGAGAACAUUCCAGUUAAGAAAUUUCCCUUACCUCAGUCCAUCCCAGUGUUUGGAUCACCCAGCGGUAGUUCGGCAAAGUCAACGACUCACACAUCGCCGCCAACUACAAAAUCGAUCCCGGUGAUUGGGUCUGCAGCAAACAUCAACAACAACAGCAAGUACAAUGACAAUUUGAACAUGCCGAACGCAUUGCAUGGUUCAAUCAAUUUGAAUAGGGCACCGAGUCUGAAUAACCCGUCGCCAGGUAAUGUUGAUGGUUUUGCUUCUAGUACUCGACGCUAUGUCAAUCUUAAGGGUGCGGGCUCACGUGAUCCACGUCGUGCUGAAUGGGGUCAGAGCAAUGGACCCCUACAGCAGCAGCAACCUCAACAACACCCAACAGGAUCACAGUAUUCACCACAAGUUGGCGGCCAACGGCGUGGAGGUCCAUCCGGUUGGCAGACAUCCAAUAAUCCAGGCAACUAUAACAGCCACAAUCCCGGUGACAAUCUGAAUAGAGGGAACAACAAUAAUAAUAAUCCAGGCUGGAACAACAACAAUAAUAACAACAGUCACUUUAUCAACGGAUGUCCGAAUUUCAACUACAACAGCCGACCCAUGUUCAAUCGUGCUACAAGUCUCGGUGACAGUCUAUUCAAUGCCCCUCAAGGACCCGGCAACAACAACAUCAACGGUCCGCCAUAUUCAGGGGUACCGCGCACUUAUCGCGAUCAUCUGGCGGCCAAGGCCAAGCAGCAGGAGAUGCAGCGUCAGCUGGAGGCGAACGAAAAGGAGCGUCGGCUUGUGGCAGCCGAAAAGCAACGUCAGCUUGAGGCAGCCGAAAAGCAACGUCAGAUUGUGGCAGCCGAAAAGCAACGACAGCUUGAGGCAGCUGAAAAGCAACGACAACUGGAUGCGGCGGCGGCAGAAAAAAGGCGAAAGCUGCAAGAAGCUGAGAAGCUGCUAGACGACGGACAAGCGGUUGCGGCACCAUCCCGCAUUGAAAGCGAUAAUGUCCAACUAGACACAUCGUAUCGAAAUGUGGUGUUGACGGGCACCACCAACAAGAAGCUCGACUUCAAGAUACCAAAGAAGGCGAGUUUGGAAAAGAUGUCACGAACAAAUGAGGUACGAGGUCAGAAUAGUGAUAAAACCAAUACGUGCAAUGAGUCGAUCGACGUUGACAAUAAUAAUAAUGAAGAGCAAAGCUCCAGCAAGUCAAAUAAAACAAACAAAUCGGGUAAGAGCCAUAAAGUGCCAAAAACCGUUCAUUUUGAUAAAGAAAAAUCGGAUAGUGCGGAAAAAAUACCUAAAAGCGAUAAAAUAGAUAAAGAAAAAGCGGACAAGUCAAAGAAAGUGGUUAGAGUCGAUAAAGCUGAUUCGGAUAAAACGGAAGAUUCUGACGCAAAACAUGGUUCGUGUAGUGCGGCGAAAAAAAGCAAAUCCGAAAAUAAGAAAGACGAGGAUGUCGACGAAACGUCCAAUAAACCUGAAACACCGGAAAAAGAAAAGACAAAGCAUUCGAGGAAAGAUAAGAGCCCAGCAGAAAAGUCUAAUUCGAAAGAGGACAAGGAGAAAAAGAAACCGAUGGCAGAUAAUACAGACAACGUUGAAAAUGAACCACCAAGCGUGGUUGAAACUCACGAGCAACAAUCAGCGAACAAAAAAUCCGAAGUGGAAUCGGCAGACUCGCAACAAAUGUCCGCAAAUGCGCUCGCAAGCGAUGCAAUAAAUACGACAAAGUCACCAUUGAAAGAAAUGCCAGAGUUGAAACGCAUAUUGAAACGUCGCAAAUCGAUGAUGCCGACGGCGAGUAAACCGCUAGUCGAUAAGUGGGAACUUUUUGGUGGUGUCAGUCUCAAUUACGAGGAUGUCGUCGACCAUCGACGAGAACAGCAACAGCUCAACGCUAAUGACGAGGUGACGGCUGAGAAAAUUAAAGUUGCGCAGUCCUCUCAGCAACGUGUCAAUAGAAAUUUGGCCAUCAUGUUUCAAAAGACCAGCGACAAUUGCAGCAUCUCAACGCAAAAUAUUUUGGCCGGCAAGCGGCGAUCGCGGCUGAACGAGCCAGCGGCAAAGACCGCAGUUGAGAAUCUGCUCCCACCACCGCCCAAGAAGAGGUCAAGACGCAGUGAGCUGGAAAGGCUCAACGAUGACAUUGCCCAAAUGUUUUAUGCAAACGAUGUGAUUCGCGCCACCGGACGUCGGGCAUGCUCCGCUCAACGAUGCUGGAGCAGCACAACGCCAACCAAAAAACUUCGAGUGCGUGUUGCACGUUGUGCGCAAUUAGAGCAAAUGCUCAAAUGUACGAAGAAUGCGAAUAUGCCCGCGGCCAAUAUAAAAGCGGCAGCCAAGCGCUUGAUUGCACGUCACAAGAGUGAGAUUGCGAAGCUUAAUAAAAAGAAACAGUCGCCAACACCAACUCGACCGGACGAGGAGCAGCUGCUUCUGAUCAACGAGUGCAAGCUGGAACAAAACGAAUAUCUACAGAGCUCUUCACAGGCUGCGCGAGUUAAAGGCGCUACGAUACCACCUGCAGAGGCAGAGUCGGAUUCAGACGUAGACGUAGAAGUAAAGCUCGAUGUGGACGACACAUCAUCGCCAAAGCUGGAAGUAUCAAUUGCUAUAUCGGCGACGCCAAUUCCAAGGGAAUUAUUGGCUAAUGCGAGCGAUGCGGAAAAAGAACCAUUGUCAACAGCUGAAGAGUUAAUAAGGAACGUAGAGCAAGAUGAAGUACCGGAAGUGAAUAAGUUGAAGAGUCGCGGAAGUCGCUCCUCUACGUCGAGCAGCACUAAUAGCAUCGGAGGUGCUAGCGGCAGUAACAUCAAGGGCAAACCCUCAAAUUCACUCGACCACAGCUCCCUCGAAAGCGAAGUUCCCGAUCUAAAUUCCCAACCUGAAGUGAUAGUCGACCUGCCAUCAGCGCCUACGGUAUGGCCAUCUGAAACCGAAGUAAUCCCCUUACAGUAUAUGAUUUGUGUGCAGAAUGUUGCAUUCCGUUUGCUAAGCCCACCGAUCCUGAAGCCUGCAUAUUAUUGCCGAGUUCCAGACUGCUUGUUUCUCUUCUCGAAUGAGAUAGAAGGUCUGGAAAAUCAUUUUAUUCGCAGUCAUCCGUCGCUGCGUUGGAACGGCAGCUGUACUGAGUGCAGUCUACCCGUCAAGGAAGUGCCCGAUAAUUUGAGCAUUCGCGAGGAGCUGCGGCAUAUGGUGCUAGUGCAUGUGGAUGAAAUUGUGGCGCCUAAGCCACCGGAGCCGGCUGUUGAAGUUGCGCCACCAGAACCUGUGCUGCCCAAGCUGCGUGUGCGUCGUUUCACGGGAGAUCGUCUAGUCCCAGAGGCCGAACAAGCAAUCGAAAUCGAACCGGAAGCUGUGCCCCGAGAACCCGUUGUUGAGAAUACAACGCUUAGGAGUUUGUUACUCGCCCAAUCGCGUCCGCCAAGUCACCAGCAACAGCAGCUGAAUGCCGCCGGUGUCGGAGAGUUUCUGUACGCCAAGACACCGCCAACGACUGUGGAUGUGCCCGAUGUUCUAAAUCGCGACGCGGAAUUGGGACUCCAAAUCAAUCAUGUAUAUAGUCUCGCCGAUACAUCCAUUCCCCUCAUAACGAGCGAGACGGUGCCAUUACCUGUCGCCACCAAUGAUGACUACGUCAUUACCCAGAGCCUUACCCAAAACUAUGAGGGUCCCAUUCCGACGGAGAUCAACAUAUCUAUUGAACCCCGACUGACAGGUUCACCACCAAGGAAAGAUCGCACACAAAUCGCUGGCAACCGAUUCCGUUGUAUGGCGCCCAAUUGCAAUUACUGCUCCCACACAGUUAUGUGCAUACGGGAGCACAUGAAGUUCCACAGCUUCAGUUUUGGACCGAAGGACUAUCUGCAAUGCUCCUAUUGCAGUCAUGUCAGCAAGGAUGUCGAUGAAUAUGUUCAGCAUGGUGUUCUCCAGCACGGUUUGGCCAGUCGCGAGGAGCUGCAGGAACCCAAUUUGUCCACCUCUGGCAUAAGGUGUUCCCCCGAAGAAGCGAUAUCGGAUGUUCGGCAACCCAACCAACAGGAGCUCAUCACCACAGUCGAGGCAUCGACAUCAGCUCAAAGAGUCGCUCAGCCAAAUACCGACGAGGUUGAGUUGCCUAUUGCGCCGGCAAAGUUGCCGAUAGCUAGAAGACAAAUGGUGGUCACGCCACUCUUUCACUUUGUACGCAAGGAGGUACGCUACAAGUGCGGUGUACCCGACUGUGGCCAGCAUUUCGACACAGAGCUGGGGUUGAGCCAGCAUCUGAGCACUCAGCACAGCUGUGGAGAUUGCUUUAAGUGUCCGCACUGUCACUAUGUGAAUCAUUUUCUAACACUGGAGAAAGUGCUGGAACAUUUGAAGUAUCAUAAGCGAUACGUUUAUCAAUGCGGUGCGUGCAGCUCGUUUGCGCCAAAACGCUCCAUAAUCGAUCACCAUAUUCACAUCAAGCAUGCAAAGUUGGGCGAAGAUGUCAAUGUGAUUAUCCAUAAGCGUGAUGAUUUGACAAUGCACACCAAGAUAGCGGAAGUUCGUUGGUUCAAGUCGCUGUAUCUGCCGCGCACUUCGACCGAUGAAUGGUUCUGUAAUCUAUGCCACGCUGUGCUCGCCACCGAGCAUCAGAUGAUUGGACACACAGCGGUAGCACACCAGCGUAUGUAUCAGUACUGCUGUCCGUAUUGCGAAUACGGCUACAAGGAUCUGAUGAGAAUCGUCAAUCACAUACGUCGUAGCCAUGCCAGCAAACGCAUCCAGCCGCUGCAAUGUUAUCUGCGCAUCAAGUGCAAAAAUCGCCAGACACUCGGUUUUAUUUGCAACACAUGCCAUGCACCGACCUACACCUUAUACAAGAUGGGCAAUCACUGUCUGCAGAUGCAUUUGAAUCGAUUUCGGUACAAGUGUCGCCACUGUGACUUUGGACACACUAAACAUCGCCCCGUCGCCGCUCAUAUGACGCAGGAACAUCCCGGAUUGCCAGGUCUACCCAUUCAGCAGUUCGAUCGCUUGUCCAACGACAUGCUCGACGAUGACUUUUGGAACAUGGCCCAAAUAUUUUCGUCAAAGGGUCACGUUGAGCCACCUGAGGCAAUCGCUUCCAAUAACCAUGCGCAUGCCAUUCAGAUCUUUGAACCCAUCGAGUUGUCGUCGGAUGAAGAGGAUGACCUAACAAAUAACGCUGCAUCUGCUCAGAAGCAGUACGAGUUCGCGUGCUCGCAUUGCACAGAAACGUGUCACAACAUUGACGAACUAAGAUCGCAACACUGGGCGAUCAAACAUCUCGACCAUCCCUUCUUCUUCAGUGUGCAACCGCAGCUGUGCUGUCCGGUGUGCUACGGCUUCAAAGGGAGUGCCAAAGCACUGCUGGAGGAGCACUUUCCGAAUGUCCAUCAUCACCGCACGUUGGUUGCGUGCGAUGUGCGUCAAAUGCGCGAAUGCGGCUACUGCGACAAGACGUAUAAAGAGUGGCCAGAGUUGGUGCAACACAUGACAAUCGAGGCGCAUCUGGCCAACGAUCUAAAGAAUCUAACAGAUGGCGAACUCAACGAACUGAUCGAAAUGGGAAGCACCGAGAACGAGUAUUAUCAAUGUAAUCUGUGUCGGGUGUUGCUGCCAUCGAGUGUGGCAAUUGCGCAACACGGAACCGUGGAGCAUUCGGAUGCAGAGGAGACAUUUAGCUUUCGACUGGUGAAGAACACGAUCAUCUAUCACUGUUCGUUCUGCAUGUACGCCUCGGUGGAUGAGUUGGAAACGUUGCGUCACAUGCUCGAUCACUGCAAACGCUUUGGCACCUGCCACUUGUGCGCCGAGCACUUGAACAGCGGCUUCGAUGAGUACAUACAGCACUGCUAUUCGAGUCAUCGCGAUCAAGUGGAUAACUUUGAUGUCAUCCAUCCGUAUGAUGACCUGAAGAAGUUCCUCAUGCAGGUGCUGUAUCAAUUCCAAAACGGACUCAUCAUCAGCAAGAGCAGCCUACGCGACACUCGCUUUAGUCACGAACGUGUCAUCCAGCAGCUAUACAACGAGCUGCGCAGCAAGGCGGCCAAGCCGCCAAUACCGCGAAUGCUUUUCAGUCAGCUGCAGUCACGCAAUGUCACCGGCACGCUGGAGUUGAACACAACGACGACGACGACACCGACAGCGAUGCCUCGGAUUCAGCAACGUCGCAAGACAUUUAAUCACAACAAUCUGCAGCAGUUGCUCCCACAACAUCAACACCAACAGCUGGCGGUGCGUCACGUCAACAAACCCAACGUAAUCUGGCACACAUCGUUUACUGGAAAAUCAGCAACUCCUUCCCAGCAGCAACGGCAGCAAAUCCAGCCGUCUUCCUCGACGGGCGUCGCUCCCCCCAAGCCGAUGCCCAUUUUGCAACGCAUCGCCAAGCGACGCAACACUUAUGUGGACCCCGGCCAAAUGUUUUUAGUCAAACGUUCUUGUUUGCAAUAGACAUUGAACCUUUGAACCUCAACAACAAGAUCAAAAUUGAUCAACAUUGUCAUAGUUCGUAUUUAUAAGUAAAGUGAUAUAUGCUCAAUUAAUAUGUAUAGAUUAUAGAUUUGUUCGGGAGUUUAAAACCCUGAUGGAACAAUGGAAUAAGUUAUUAUUAUUACUUUACGAGCAUACUUUGCCUAUAUAUAAUGUUAUGCAUAAUACAUCUAUGUUAUAUAUAGACAAGACACACUUAAAACUACAAAGUUUGGUCGUCAUAACAGUAAUAACUUACUCCAUUGUUCCAUCAGGUUCUCAACUGUCUAACAAAUCUAUAAUCCAUUUAAUUCGUUGCGUAAUUAGAUUAUGAAUCAAUCUCUAACUAUAAAGACAUUUUUUUUAU